GCGUCACCCUGGGCUGAGUGAGUGAGGUUCCUGUGCUCGCGACAGGCUCUGCUGUGAUGAGGAUAUCGAGGAGAACUCAUAACCAUCUCCUCAUCUCGGGCUGGGUCAUCGCUCAUCAGGAUGUCGGACUCGGAGAUGUCCGAGUUCGCGAGUAUAGUGGAGCGCAUCGAGAGAGGCGAGGUGCCGAUGAAGAGCAUCGAGAGGGAGCUGAUCUGUCCGAUCUGUAAGGAGUUGUUCACUCAGCCGCUCAUCUUGCCCUGUCAGCACAGUGUGUGUCACCGGUGUGUUAAAGACCUGCUCCUGCCGAACCACGAGGACUCCUUCAGCACCGACGCGGGCUCGGAGAGCUCGAACCCGGGCAGCCCUCGCUCCAGAGUCCCGUCCCCGAGCACGGAGAGACUGGACCGGCUGGUGCGAUCAGCCUCACUGAGGAGGGCGUUUGGAGGGAGAGGUAGAUGCUCCAUCUCCUCUCCCGGGUGGAGGCGCUCCUCCGUCACGCCGCGCAUCACCACGUUCCCGUGUCCCGGCUGUCAGCACGACAUCGACCUCGGGGAGCGCGGGAUCAGCAUGCUCUUCAGGAACUUCACGCUGGAGAGCAUCGUGGAGCGCUACCGCCAGGCGGCCCGCGCGGCCGUGGCCAUCAUGUGCAGUGUGUGUAAGCCGCCGCUCCACGAGGCCACCAAGAGCUGCAUGGACUGCAGGACCAGCUACUGCAACGAGUGCUUCAAGCUCAACCACCCCUGGGGGACGCCCAAAGCCCAGCACGAGUACGUGGGGCCCACCACCAACUUCAGGCCCAAGGUGCUGAUGUGUCCCGAGCACGAGAUGGAGAAGGUGAACAUGUACUGUGAGGUGUGCCGGCGUCCCGUGUGUCAUCUCUGCAAACUCGGAGGAUCUCACGCUAAUCACAGAGUCACUUCCAUGAGCAGCGCCUACAAGAUCCUCAAGGAGAAGCUGUCGAAGAGUAUCCAUUACUUAAUUAGCAAAGAAGACCAAGUGAGGACUCAGAUUUCUGAACUGGAAGUGAUGAUCAAUCACACAGAGGAGAACGGGCAGCUGGCGGAGCGGCGGGCUAACGAACACUUCGAGCGGCUCUUCGAGACGCUGCAGGAGCGCCGGACUGAGAUGCUGCGGUGCGUGGAGCAGGCCAGAACCCUGCGAGUGGACCGGCUCCGGGCCCAGGUGGAGGAGUACCAGGGCAUGCUGGAGAACAGUGGGCUUGUGGGAUACGCUCAGGAGGUGCUGAAGGAGACCGAUCAGUCCUGCUUCGUCCAGACGGCCAAACUGCUGCACGUCAGGAUCCAGAAAGCCACCGAGUCCCUGAAGACCUUCCAGGCUUCGGCGACCCCGUCGUUUGAGGAGUUUGUGUUGGACACGUCGAAGGAGGAGAUCUUGCUGAAGGAGCUCAGCUUCGGUGGAGUCCCGGACCCUCCCGUGAUCGAUCUCUCUCGCUGCCGCGUGUACAACGAGGGCCUGAUCCACUGGCGUCUGGCUGAGGACUCCCUGCCCACGGAUCGCCAUGUGCUGGAGUUCAGGAGGGUGUGUGAGGAGGAGCAGGAGGAUGAAGAGUCGCGCUGGAGGGCCACGGAGUGUGUGUACGGCAGUAACACUGUGGUGUCGGAUCUGGCCCUCGACUCCCGUUACUCCUUCAGAGUGAAGAGCUUCCGUAACAGUGUGUGCAGUCCCUACAGUCCUGCGGUGACCUUCCACACGCCCCCGGCUCCAGUGUUCGGGUUCCUGUUUAACGAGAAGUGUGGCUUCAGUGCGGAGCGGCUCACGCUGAGCAAGCGCCGGGACUCGGUGGAGAGCGUCGCGGGCCUGAGCUUCCUCUUGUGUGCGGAGCGGGUCCAGACCGGGAGUUAUAUAUGCCUGGACUACAUCAUCGGGGACACGGGCAUCUCUCACGGACGCCAUUACUGGGCCUUCCGUGUGGAUCCCGACUCCUACAUGGUGAAGGUGGGAGUGGCGUCCGACUGCAAGCUCUCCGAGUGGUUCCACAACCCUCGAGACUCCAGCAGCCCGAGGUAUGACCAGGACAGCGGGCACGACAGCGGCAGCGAGGACGCGUGCUUCGAGGCGUCUCAGCCCUUCACACUGCUGACGGUGGGCAUGGGUCGACUCUUCAUCCCGAAGGCCUCGCUCGGCGCCGGGGACAUGGGCCGGGUUCUGCCCGCGCCGCAGCGGAUCGGGGUCCUCCUGGACUACGACGCCGGCCGCGUGUUCUUCUACGACGCCGACAGCAUGCGCUGCCUGUACGAGAGGGCGGUGGACUGCUCCGGCACCAUGUUCCCUGCGUUCGGGCUCCUGGGCGGCGGCUCGGUCCAUCUGGAGGAGUUCCUCACAGCCAAGCGCCUGUCCUACAUGUGAGGGUCCGGUCCGGGACCCGGCGGACUGGUGUCUGUUAGUCCUGUUGCUCUGUGUAGUGCUCCUCGUCCCUCAGUAACCGUACAUCAUGGGUCGCUGUGCAAUUAUACAAGUGAAUCUGGUCGAAGAGCCAAUCCGAUCUCGAGUGCCUUCAGUGACAUCAGCCGAGCGGACGUUUCACACACACCAUCAGGUUUCACGCAGCGCACCUUAAUACACCGAAUAUAAUGCAAAGACUCACAAUGUCACUUUCUGAACAGUGUGCACUGAUACUGUUGAUCACUGACCGUCGUUUACACACAGUUAAGGGAGCUUUAGGUCAAGAAUGACAAGCGAUAUGAUUUGAACACAAGAAUUCACUACUGAACACAUGAUUGUGCACUAUUUGUUUUUAUUGUAGCAGCACCUGCAAAUUUAGAAAUGUUUAAAAGUAAAUAAACACAUCAGUCUGUCCUAGAACAUCAUGUAGAUAUGAUGUGCGCUAUAGUUUUUGUAAUCGGGAGUGAAACGCAUGAAACACCUUUAUAUAAAUGUAGCCUGUGAAUCAAACCGGUGCUGAUCAAGCGGAACCCAAAUGUGAUUCUACGAGACAGACUUGAACACCUCACAUGUACUUACUGUAUGCACUAUAAUUGCCAAGGCAAGUGUCUUGACUGGACUAAUAUGGCCUUAUUGAAUAAUCGCGGCUCGUGGUUCAUUAGGCAGAUUACUGGCUAUAAAGGCUUCAUUAAGCAGAUUACUGGCUCUGAAGGGAUUGGACCGACUCCUGCUGGGAUAUCCGAGUGAUUCUGCUGGCUCUUCUACCUCUGACUGGAGUUUGUUCUGGUAGUUUAUGUAGUUGUGCUGCACAAGUCUUGUGAUUUUAUUCGUAUUCUUCUGAAGAGGAACCGCCAGUUUACGGAGGAAAACAUGUUGGAGAGUUUUAGCGACGUCGUACUACCCGAUUAGUGUGUUAUAUAUGGAUCACGUCCCUCUUUAUCCUUGUCAGUAAAAUCUCAUGCUAAUCAAUUAAUCAAUGAGCGCAUAUAAGGAGACUCGUCUUCUGAACACUUUAGACGGUUAGAUUGAGCUUUUACAUGUUUGUGAUCAUUUUAAUAAGUGUAUGUAUAAAAUCAGUGGUUUUUGGAGAAGGA